ACAAUUAACAAGCAUUUGAAUCAGCACAUCCAUCACACCGCCACUUCUGAUUAAAAACGUUUUGAUUGCGCUGAACGCGACCCCCCCAGGUGUCACGUUUCAGAUGGAGACAACUGUAAAGUGACCAGCCGAGGCUUGUACUAUAACGUAGGCUACCUCACACACGGCAGCAGAUGAGCGGAAGAGAGGACGCCGGCUCCACACAAAGACAAUCAUGGCAGUGAAUGUGCCGGGACUGGUGGCCGUGGUGGUUUUUUACAUUGUCAUCCUGGUAAUUGGGAUCUGGGCAUCUCGAAAAUCCAAGAAAGUGGAGAAGACAUGUGCCGGCACGAAGAGCGAAGUUACCAUGGUCGGUGGGCGCAACAUCAAUGUCUUGGUCGGGGUUUUCACCAUGACAGCAACUUGGGUUGGUGGAGGUUACAUUUUGGGAACUGCUGAGGCUGUUUAUUCUCCUUCUCAAGGUCUCAUCUGGGCUAUGGGGCCUCCUGCAUAUCUUAUCAAUUUUCUUUUGGGAGGAUUGUUUUUUGCGAAACCUAUGAGGUCAAAGCGCUACGUGACAAUGUUGGACCCAUUUCAGCAUCGCUAUGGCAACAUGUUCACUGCAACCCUACUGCUUCCUGCUUUGAUCAGUGAUAUUUUGUGGGUUGCCUGUAUCCUCGCUGCUCUGGGAGGAACGAUGAGCAUAAUUCUUGGUCUGUCGUCUGCCCUCUCCAUCGUCAUCUCGGCAGCUGUCUCCAUCAUCUACACAUUCUUAGGGGGUCUCUACUCUGUGGCUUAUACUGAUAUCAUCCAGCUUUCCUUCAUCUUUGUCAGCCUGUGGCUCUGCAUUCCUUUUUUGUUUCUCAGUCCUGCAGUUCCCGACAUCACACAGACAAUCAUCAACCAAACAAUGGGAAACUCAUGGAUCGGAGAGUUGAAGCUGGCGGAUGCAGGAAAAUGGACUGAUGAGAUGCUGUUGUUGGCCUUAGGGGGACUGGCCUAUCAAGCUCUAUACCAGAGGAUCCUCUCCGCAGCCUCCCCUGCUCAGGCUCAGGUCACUUGCUUUGCUGCUGCUGGGACGGUUUUUAUUAUGGGAAUCCCCUCAGUUAUCAUCGGAGCAGUGGCUGCCACUGCAGACUGGAACCAGACAGCGUAUGGUCUACCCCCUCCUUUUGAACGAGGGGAGGCAGGGAAGAUCCUGCCUCUGGCCCUGCAGCACCUCACACCUACCUGGUUGUCAGUGUUAGGCAUUGGUUCUGUGGCGGCAGCAGUUAUGUCCUCCAUGGACUCUGUACUGCUGUCCUCAGCAUCCAUGUUUACACAAAACAUAUACAAGACGACUUUGAGGAAGCAGGCCUCGGAGCGGGAGCUGCAUUGGGUGAUCCGUGUUAGCGUGCUGCUGGUCGGCCUGGCGGGAACAGGCCUGGCCUUUGGUGAUGACAGCGUGUUCAGCCUUUGGCUGGUAAGCGGAGACCUCAUCUACUGCGUGAUCUUCCCACAGCUCGUCUGCGUGCUGCACCUCAGAUCUGCCAACAGCUACGGUGCCAUCACCGGCUUUGUAGUGGGACUGCUGAUGCGUAUUCUGAGCGGGGAGGCGCUGCUUGGGAUCUCUCCUCUCAUCCUGUUCCCCGGCUGGAGGGAGGUGGACGGUGUUAUCACACAGUACUUUCCCUUCAGGACUCUUGCCAUGCUUGCCUCUUUGAUAUGUGUUAUUUCAGUGUCCUGGCUGGUGGAGCUAGGCUUCAGUCACAAACUAAUUCCUCAUUCCUGGGAUUUAUUGGGGGUUUUUGAAGAGAAAAAAGAGGCAGAGGGGGAGGAAGUACCUGUUCCUCCAGAGGAAAAGAACAUUAUCCUUAAUACAAAAUUAUAGGCUUAACUUGAGUACAACCUCAGCCAAAGGAUACCCAAACCAAUUUUUAUGCAAAGUCCUACCAACAUUCUUCUCUGCACAGACUAUAUACGCACACUCUUACAUGUACUGUAUAUUACACGUUUAAUACUGAAUCAUAUGCUUUAUAUGCACCAAACCUUGACCAGCAGUAUGUGGAGAGGGAUUCAGGGAGGCAGUUGACACGUGCUGGCUGUCUCUUUUUAACAGAAUAGGAUUAAGGCCACAGAUGACCUCAAGAUUCUGAAAUUCAUUUCAGAAGUCAACUUUUCCACAUCGUCCUAAUCCUUUUAAAAAUGAACCUCUUUCCUCAAUUGUUAAUCACUGGUAACACAUUUUCGUAGUUUCUUAAUCUAGUCUCCUUCACUCAAACCUUUUCAGUAUGUUAAGCUCAACCCAGGUGGUGUUAUUUAAUUGUGUAACCAUUGUUGUACUUUUUAAUAAGAAGUUUUGCCUCUUUGUGUUUAUUAAGCACUUAUCGGGACAAAGCAAUGUCAUUGGAACAAUACAUGAGGUUGAGUAUUCCUCAGAAACAAAAAAGUAUAGCAGGACUUGCCUGCUGGUAGAACUGUUUACAAUUGUAUCAUGUGUUAAAGGAUCCUCAUUGAAGUACCAUCAAGAUAUAGAAUAAUAAUUAAUAAUACAUUUAAUUUAUAUAGUGCUUUUCUAAAUACUCAAAAACGCUUUACAAUUAAAAACCUUUCAUACGAACAAACAUACGUACAAAAAAUGUACACAAGAUGGAAUGAAAUGGAAACAAUUAUAUAAGAAUUAUCACUGCUAUUUUUUAGAUGUUUCGUGAUUGCAAGUGUUCAUAAAAAAUGAAACCAUAUCUGUUUAUUAUCUUUGCAACUGA